CAGCCUGCAGAAUGUGUUUGUAAUGUAACUGUUGAGUGAGCUUUUUGUAGCUGUCACUAGCUGAUAAUAUCAAUUUUUGUAGCUGAUAAUAUCUUUUGAAUCGUGAAUUCGUGAUGUGCAGCCCGCUGCAAGAUCCAUACCUGUGUAUCAAGCCCACAUGUGCUGUCCUGCAUUCGUGUAAAUAUUGUACAUACAAUACAUGCAAUGCCGUCUGCGGUUGAGCGAUAUAUUCAAGCAUGACAUUCAUUCCCACUGUGCUGCGCGGAAAAUCGAUUAGUCCAAAAUUUUCUUGAUGCAUGUUUUUGUUGUGCGCUUUUUGUAAGCGCGAUACGGUGCCAGCCAAAUUCAACUGGACAGAGUUUCUCCAUCUUUUUGUUAGUCAUAACACCCUGUAUUUAAAUCCUGGAAAAAUGCCGUACUUGCUGAUAAGCACAGAAAUUCGUCUGGAGACUGGACCGACAAUAGUUGGCGAUGCCGAUGCUGACCCCGAGUUGAUGGAGUACCUUGGCGCAAAAUUACUCACGUUUUAUGGAAACACAUUUCCGGAAUAUCGUACGCCGGAUGUUCCCCGUGUAGUGCUGGACAAACUGGCGCUUCGCGGCUACCGCGUAGUGACAAUGUCCGGAAUUGGUCAAACAUGCAUCUGGACUCUUUACAAACCGGAAAAUGACGAGAAUACUCCAAAUGUAAAAAAAGGCUCAUAAAAGGGCAAAACAGGAUUCCGAAAACACUUCCAAGCCACUUUAACGCUUUCGAAUAAUAUUCGAAUAUCUGAUAGUGCACAGAUAAAUUGUAUACUUAGCUUCUACGUAUACGGUUUCACCGUUCCCUUUGUAUUGUUCAACAGUUCAAGUACCAUGCCGACAUGAAGUACGGUACGGUACGGUGAUUCCUUAUUGUUUGUAUUAUAAUGAAUAAUAAUAAUCAUGAUGCUUUUGUUCGUAUUAAUGUUUUUACUUACGACUAACGAGUUUAGAAUAUUUAUAUUUCUGUAGUAUCAUAAU